AUGUCAUCAUCAAUAGAUUCAAAAACAAAAUUAAAAAAUUCAGGAUUAAUUGAUUGGUCAGUUUUUCAAGAAAUUUUACAAAUGGAUGAAGAUGAAGAAGGUUUUUCAAAACAAUUAGUUGAAACAUUUGUAUCACAAGUUGAAGAAACUUUUGAAAAAAUUGAAAAAUUUAUAAACGCUGCUAAUUUAGAUGAUUUAUCAAAAGAAGGUCAUUUUUUAAAGGGAAGUGCUGCUGCUUUAGGAUUAACUUCUAUAUCUGAACAAUGUGAAAGAAUUCAAAAUUAUGGUCAUAAAAAUAAUUUUGAUAAUUUUAAACCUAUUGAUUUAAAUACAAAAAAAAUAGAAGGAGAUGAAACUAAAACGAAGGAUUCAAAAGAUUCAAAAGAUUCAACUAUCACAACUACUACCACUAAAUCAGAAAAAGAAGAAAUAAAUGGUAAAGUAGUAGAAGAUUCAAAAAUAACAACAUCAUCAAAAACAUCAAAAAUACCCGAUACAAAAAAACCACAAGAAACCACAACCCCAGAAACUUCAAAAGAUGAAACAAAUGAUGAAUUUUGGAUACUAGCAAUUGAAGAUGCUUUAACUAAAGCAAAAGAUGGAUUUUAUAAAACUAAAGAAGCUUUAGAUGAAUUUUAUGAUGAAUAA